AUGGUUUGGAGACGCGAUGCGCUGAACAAGACUGCUUCGGCCAGCAAUCCUUCUUCGAAUCUCGAUGUCGAACUGGGAUUUGUUGCACAUGAAAUGUCUCGUGCUCUUACUCCAAAUCAGUUCGAAACCGACAAGAAGCCGACGCUCUUCCAAAAAGCUAGAGCCAAAGUCUCACGUAAAGACAAGUCGCCAAUUUAUACUCCAGAUCCGUUGCCUGAUGAUGGUGUUGAUCGAUUCUUCACUGUCGAUCCGGAUACGCCCAUCGAUAACCCGGAACCUUCUCGUCGUACUACGGCUCUGCUCCCACAGACUACGUACAAUGCUGGUAAUCUGUAUGCAACUCGCAACUCUCCGCACCCAACUUCUUCCAUAUACUCUCAGGAUAUUGACCCUGUUCUUACUGAUGGCAACGGAUCGCGUGUCUUUAGCGACAUCUGGACACCGGAUAUUGCCAACAUGCGCGGCCCUCUUCGCAAAGAGUCGUAUGAGCCAAACCUAUACGCCGGGCACGCAGCUACUAAUCACGAUCCGCACGACGCUCGCCAUAAAGAACGUACCAUUCCAACAGCUCCAGCUACGCGAGAGUCUAGGGAGUACAAGGAAGCCGAAUCAGCCCUGGAGCGCGCAUCUGCCAUGGACUCCGAAACGCAUCGCGCUUUAGGCAUUGCCAACCUGGCAGACCAGCGGUUGAAUGUUGCCCAUCAUCCCAGCGCGUAUACUGAGGCUGGUUUACCUCCAGACCCGUCUUCAGAAUCUGAGAUACCUAUGCGUCCUGUAUCUUACCAGGUUUUGGAUUGGCGUAAAGAAGGCCAGAGACCAUCAGAGCUAGAGAAUAUCCAGGAGGAUUUCUCACCAGGUUUGACCCGAGCGCUGGCCAACAAGCGUAAGUAUAUGUGA